AGUCCAGUGUGAAAGACAUAAUAGUGCUGAAAUCCACAUUGGGUUGCUACAGAUACAGCUACAUCAUGGCGGACAAAGCCCUAAGGCUGAAGCGCCCAGAUUACCUGGCCUCCAGUUGUCUGUGGCAUCUUCAUGCUCCCAAAGGUCACAUGGUCAAGCUGCGACUGGAGUGGACCCUCUCGGAAUGCAGGGACCGGUUGGCUAUGUAUGACGUCGCUGGGCCCCUGGAGAAGCAACUCAUCACUUCGCUGUAUGGCUGUAGUCGUCAGGAACCCGUGGUAGAAGUCCUCUCUUCAGGACCUGUCAUGUCUGUGGUCUGGAAGAAGGGGAUGUACAGCUACGAUGAUCCGUUCAUACUCUCAGCCCAGGCUAUGCCCUUUAAAGCCUGCCAGAUGAAUCUGACGCUGCGGGAAAGCCUGGAAAUUCAAGGGAACAUCAAGACUCCCUACUACCCCAGUUACUAUGCGCCCAACACGCAGUGCACUUGGCACAUGAUGGUUCCGUCUCUGGAAUAUGGAGUUGUCCUUUGGUUUGAUGCUUACACUCUCAGCAGACAGAGAAGUGAUCAGCCAUGUACACAAGGACAGUGGACCAUCCAGAACAGAAGGCUGUGCGGCCUGCGGAGUUUGCAAGCCUAUGCUGAAAGGAUUCCUGUCAUGUCCAGUGCUGGCAUCACCAUCAACUUCACCUCUCAGAUCACCCUUACCGGGCCUGGAGUGCAGGCUGCUUACAGCCUAUAUAAUCAAUCUGACCCAUGCCCUCGGGAGGCCCUUUGUUCUGUGAAUGGCCUGUGUGUCCCAGCUUGUGACGGGAUCAAAGAUUGCCUCAAUGGACUUGAUGAAAGAAACUGUGUAUGCCCUGCAAAAUUCCAGUGUCAUGAGGACAGCACAUGCCUAGAGUUCUCCAGGGUCUGUGAUAAACAUCUGGACUGCAUCAAUGGGAGUGAUGAGGAACAAUGCAAUGAAGGAGUUCCCUGCAGUCCUUUCACCUACCAAUGUGCAGACAAGAGCUGUGUAAAGAAACCCAACCCUCGGUGUGACUCCGUUCCUGACUGCAAGGAUCGCUCUGAUGAGAUGAACUGUGAUUGUGGACUGCAGGGCCCAAUUAAUCGGAUUGUGGGGGGUGUUGAUUCGUUAGAAGAGGAGUGGCCCUGGCAAGCCAGCCUGCAGGUUCGUGGGCACCAUGUUUGCGGUGGAACAUUGAUUGCAGACCGCUGGGUGAUCACCGCUGCGCACUGUUUCCAAGAAGACAGGCUGGCUUCUCCCACUGCCUGGACGGUCUACCUGGGCAAGUAUUUCCUGAACGUCACUAGCCACAAUGGGGUCUCCUUCAAGGUGAGUCGUAUCCUGCAGCAUCCUUACUACGAAGAGGACAGCCAUGACUAUGAUGUGGCCCUGCUGCAGCUCGACCAUCCAGUCGUCUAUUCCUCUUCCAUCCGACGCAUCUGCCUGCCGGCCAGCUCCCAUCUCUUUGAGCCUGGCCACGUCUGCUGGAUCACCGGCUGGGGCGCAGUCAAGGAAGGAGGUCCCACCAGUAAGAUCUUGCAAAAGGCAAAUAUAUCCCUAGUGCAACAGGAUAUCUGCAACGAAGUCUAUCAUUACCGAGUCACACCAAGAAUGCUUUGUGCUGGCUACCAUGAUGGAAAGAAGGAUUCUUGUCAGGGUGACUCUGGAGGACCUCUUGCCUGCCAGGAGCCUAGCGGCAGAUGGUUCCUGGCUGGUCUGGUGAGCUGGGGCCUAGGAUGUGCACGCCCCAAUUACUAUGGAGUCUACACCAGAAUAACCUCAGUGAUAGGCUGGAUGAAGCAGGCCAUGAUGAGCUAA